UCGGGGAACCUCCCGGUGGUAGUCUAUGUCUAAGGGAGGUAGAUGAUGAGGCCCAUGAGGGGGCACAUCAUGACCAGGCUGGACUCGGGGACCAUGCUAUGGAAUCAGCGUCCAUGCGCGAUUUCAUGAAGGAACUCGAGGCCACUCUGCCUGCCAUGAUGGAGGGUGAGGCCAUUCUUGUGCAGGAGGCCGACACCGAGGUGGUCCAGCCUCAGCCACGACCGAUUAACAUGGGAGAGACUGCACCCGAAACAAAGGACGAGUGCAUGGCUCGAGAGGCGCGGGAGGACGAGGAAGAGGCUGUGAGGGCAAAGGCCCUAGCCGACGUCUACCCGCACACACAUGCAAUGGCUCGUGACAUGGAGGCUAGACGUGAGCUGGAGACAGUGGGGAGGGUGAUGCCGACGACUGUAGGAGUAGGAGUGCAUAGCAUUCAGAAGGACGUGCAUGGCAUGGUCGCAGAGGAUGCCAUGCUGGAGGGCACAAGUGUCAUUGUGCACACGCAUACAUUGGAGUCUCGCAGGUUCGUUGAGGAGGCAGGUGGCGACAUGUCGCAUGCGGUUAUAGAGAGGGAGAGGGAGACUCACGGGCCCGAUAUCGUCAGCGCAUUCAUCGCGGCGGAGGCACAUCACGGAUCGGCUCGAAGAAGCCAAAGGAGUUCUUCCACGCAUGCAGUCCGUUUCAUGGGGCCCUGGCAGCCCCACACUUCCCUCAGAUGCUUCGGUGGCGCUCGGUUCCAUGAGAGUUGGUGCGACGCAGUCUCCUCCCAGUGUGGCACGAGAUCGUGGGACACGGUUGUUUGCGCCUGCCUCAGUGGGGGGCAGGCCACGAGAGCGUGGAGAGGCGGCAACGAGCGUCGUGGGUGCAUCUCUACUCGGGCGCACCCACGUGCCGUGGAGCCAGAUGAGGAAGUAGACAGUGGCUAGCAGGAAGAAGCAACCCGGCCUGGGGAGGUGACGCUCGUCCACAUCGUUGACGAGGAAGGUGCAUGUUGCUUGCUGGGUUCGAG